GGUUUUGGUCCUCUUGGCCGCGACUUUCGACGCUGGAUGAUCAGUUUUUGGUUAGCAGCUGUACCUUCACCACUCAGCCGGCUCUCCGGGAUAACGGAGACGGGACACAUCGCUGACCUGGCUGCAGUCACGCCGCAAGAGAACUCGGCGGAAACAAGAACUCAUUCGACAAUACUGCCAAACAGACCACCGACAUGGCGAGCAUAAUUCACCAGAUAAUCAGCAACUACGACGAGAUCGAGGAGAUCAACAGCGAGAUAAAGGUGCCAACAUGGCCGUUGAUGGGGUCCCCUGGACCGAUGCUGACCAUCGUUGGCUGCUAUUUGGCGUUCAUUUUGAAGGUCGGGCCACGAAUGAUGGAGAAGAAACCCGCCUACCAAUUGUCCAAUGUUAUGAUCGCUUACAACGCAGUCCAAGUCGCCUUGAGCUUCUUCCUCGUUAUGCGGGUAUUUCAACCAGGUAUAAUAGGUGUGAUUCUCUCGCCGAGGUGUGGUAAAUCGCAACACGCAAAGCUGGACAUGCCUCUUCAGCUCGCAGUGUCAACGACUGCCUGGUGGUACCACAUUGCGAAGAUGGUCGAACUUCUCGACACGGUGUUCUUCGUUCUCCGUAAGAAGCAGAAUCAAAUCACCUUCCUCCACAUCUAUCAUCACACAAUGACUGCCGUCGUCUCGUGGAUUUAUGUCAGGCUGCUCCCUGGCGAGCAAUGCGUUCUUCUUGGCCUGCUCAACUCGUUCGUGCACGUUGUCAUGUACACGUAUUACCUGCUCACCGCGUUGGGCCCGCAGUACCAGAAGUACCUGUGGUGGAAGAAGUACAUCACCUGGCUCCAACUGGUGCAGUUCGCCAUAGUGCUGAGCUACCUGUUCAUGGUGCUGGUUCGGGACUGCCAAACGCCGAAGCCGCUCACGUACUUCAUGAUGGCGAACAUGAUAAUCUUCCUGUACCUGUUCGGUGACUUCUACAGGAAAGCUUACAAGCCGAAGAAAGUCUAACCGGAAUUCCAGAGCUGUGGCGCCCUCUGCGCCGAUUCGCGACGACAGUUAGGUCGACGAGCCUGCGCAUUCGGUAACACGGUCCAACGAAUUCCUAGCCAACGAGAGAGUGACUAAGUGGACAAUCUCCUGCCCCAAUUAAUUACCGAAAUCGUUUAAACGUUCGAACGAUUCGGUUCCAGCAACGACCCGAUUCGAUCCGAGUAAUUCCGUUUAAAUUCGAAGAACUAGUUUAUGGAACUAGGCCGGACGUGUUCGGACAAGCUCGUAGCGCGCCAUCGAACUGGGCCAGGUAACCGGAAAACGUGGAAAGGUGGGCGAGCAUAAUUGUUCCCGAAUCUCGAAAGCUAACGGGCCAGCCGGCGAUCCAGGCCAGUGGGACCGGCCGGAGACGCGACCGCGACUCAUCUUUGCCUUGCUCGGGUGGGGGGGACGAACGAAGAAAGCCUAGACCGAGCCCACAUCGCUCGAGGCUCGCUCGGUCCAAGUCGACUGUGACCCAAAUACGAGCCGGCUAAAGAGAGAAAGAGAGGCGUCGCUUUCGCUCACUUGUCGCCAGCCGAUUCAUCAACCUGCUAACUCGAUCCCACUCUGUCUACUCGCUCGGUCAUGCUCCACGAAGUCGGUUUUACGGUAGAUUUGACGAUGUAGGUGACCUUUCGGUAAUUUGCAUUUUUUUUUAGCGAACCCUGGAGGCGACGAUAUUUAUUGAGAUUUUUAGGACGUUGACGUUUCGAUGCGGUGACUAGCUCUGUUUUGGCUGAGUGAUACUAUUUUUUUGGACAUUGAGAAAUAACUGAGACCUAACCUAGAGCUAACCUAGACUUAAUGUAGGCCUAACUAAGACAAAUAUGUACGCUUUUAAUCUCUUAGCUGAGCGAUGCAAUUUUUUGGACAUUGCGAGACGUAACCUAGACCUAACACAGAUCUAAUACAGAUCUAACUUAGAACCUAAUCUAAAAACUUAGACCUAACACAGACCUAAUACAGAUCUAACUUAGAACCUAAUCUAAAAACCUAGACCUAACACAGACUUAAUACAGAUCUAACUUAGAACCUAAUCUAAAAACUUAGACCUAACACAGACCUAAUACAGAUCUAACUUAGAACCUAAUCUAAAAA